AUGCUUGAGCCGGCGAGCGACGCGAAAGGUGAUGACUUGACUUCGGAAGGCCAGGAGGUUUCGCUCCUGAAGAGGGUGGGACUUUCGGUCUUGCACAGCAACACCAGCUUCUGGCAGCGAAGCCGAGAGGAAGCUUCAGAAGCAGAGCAUUCUUUGGAGGCGCUGCGACGGGAGGCCCAGCUGCGGCAGGCGCGCUGCCAAAGCCAGCUGGACAGCCUGGCCCGUGACGCGAAGGAGGAGCAGGAGCGGCGGUUGAUCUCAGAGAAGGUCGGUCAGGAGCUCGCGGCCAUCCGUGAGGAGAUGCGCAGAAAGGAGGCCGCCGAGGAUGAGCGGCUCCGUCAUCUCUACCGCGGCAUCCUGGGCCCCGCCUCGGAGUCAGGAUCCGCGGCUGCCACACAGCACAAGGGUCAAUCCGGCCCGCCGGCUUUUACGCCCUUGAUAGUAUCGGAGGCCUCGCUCCUCGACUCGGAACCGACAUGGGAUGUCGGAGCUGUGCCACUGAAAGGUGAUGUGGAUCUCCUCUCUGGGAAGGACUUUUGGCCUUCGGCUCCGGCGGCUGCAGUGCAAGCUCCGGCAAGCACGCGCGAUCGGCACGGUGGCAAAGCCUCAGGCCGAAGUAAAGACAUGCGAGAUGCAACCAAACUGCUACAAGUCAACUUGGCACGGCUGGAACGUUUGGAACGCUGUGGCCUCUGA